AUGGAGAACUUGGUGGCGGCGCAGCGGUCGCUGAGGGCGGCCCUGGAGAGGUCGCAGGCGGUGGCCACCGCUCUGGACACGGCGGGCCUUCGUCUGGAUGAGAUCUCAAGGCGACUCCCCUCGCUGGAGGCGGCGCUGCGCCCCGUCAGGGCCAGGAAGGAGGCCCUCCUCGCCGUCGGCCGCCACAUUGACCGCGCCGUCGGCCCCGCCGCCGCCGUCCUCAGGGUCUUCGACGCCGUCCACGGCCUGGAAGCCCUCCUCUUCUCCGACCCGCGCCAUGAUCUCGCCGGCUACCUCUCUGUCCUCCGGCGACUCGAGGAGGCCCUCUUCUUCCUCGCCGGCAACUGCAACCUCGCCAUCCAGUGGCUGGAGGACAUGGUCGACCAUCUGGAGGAGAACUCCCUUGCCGAUAGCGGAUUCUUGGCGAUUCUCAGAGGCUCCCUUCUCUCUCUGAAGAAUUCCAGUUCCCCUCUCGAUGGGGGCCUCCUCAGCGCCGCCCUCCGCCGCCUCGAGUCCGAGUUCCGCCGGCUGCUGGCGGAGAACAGCGCCCCCCUCGCCAUGGCUCCGCCGUCGUUGACCCACCACCACCUUCUUCUCACAUCUCCGCUGCCCGCCGCUGUCUUGCAGAAGCUCGUUCUCAUCCUGGAGAGGCUCUCCGCCAAUGGGCGGCUGGAGAAUUGCAUCAGGAUCUACACCGCGGAGCGGGUCUCCGUUCUCAGGGCCAGCCUCAGCUCCCUGGACCUGGACUACCUCGAGAAGAUCGCCAAUUCAGAGCUCGACGACGUGAGGAGCAUCGAGGACUCCUUCACCCGGUGGAGGGAGCAUCUGGAAUUUGCCGUGAAGCACCUCUUUGAGAGCGAGUACAAGCUCUGCUCCGAACUUCUGGGGGCCUGCGGGCCGCCGGAACUGUGGAUGGGCUGCUUCGCAGAAAUCGCCUCACAGCCGGGGAUCACUGCCUUCCUCAGAUUCGGGAUGCGGGUUACAGAGAGCCAGAAUGACCCCAUCAAGCUCCUGAAGCUGCUGGAGAUCUUCUCCACGCUGGACAAGCUGAGGGUUGACUUCAAUCGCCUCUUCGGUGGAAAGCCCUGCGGCGAGAUCAAGAGCCUCACGAGGGAUCUCAUCAAGAGAGUCGUCGAUGGGGCCUGCGACAUCUUCUGGGAGCUCCUGGUUCAGGUGGAGUUGCAGCGGCAGAUGCCCCCCCCGCCCCAUGGGAGCGUCCCCAAGCUCGCCACCUUCAUCACGGGCUACUGCAACACCUUGCUGGGGGAGGAGUACAGGCCGGUGCUGACCCAGGUGCUGAAGAUCAACCAUUCAUGGCGCAACGAGCAGUUCCAGGAAGGGCACCUUGCAGAGGCCAUCCUCAACGUCGUCAAAGCUCUGGAGGAGAACUUCGAGGAAUGGUCCAAGGGCUACGAGGACCCAGCCCAGGCCAGCUUGUUCCUGAUGAACGCCCACUGGCAUUUCCACCAGCAUCUCCACGGGACAGAUCUGGGAGAGCUUCUGGGGGAGGAAUGGCUGAAGGGGCACCGCCAUUACAGGGACUACUACAUGGAGUUGUACCUCAGACAGAGCUGGCGGAAGCUCCCUGGUCUUCUGAGCCGAGAGGGUCUGGCCCUCCUCUCCAGUGGAGGAGGAGGAGGAGGAGGAGGAUCAACCGAAAGAGAUCUGGUCAAGAAGCGUCUCUGGGCCUUCAACGAGGCCUUCGAUGAGAUCUACAGGAAGCAUUCCAGAUGGGUCAUCCCGGAGAAGGACCUCAGAGAGGAGCUCUGCAAUCUCAUCGCGGAGAUAUUAGUCCCACGCUACAGGAUCUACAUGAAGAACUACGGCCCACUGGUUGAGAAGGAAGAAAGCGCCCACAAGUACGCCAAGCACACCGUCAAGUCCCUGGAGAGCAUAAUCUGCUCCCUGUUCCAGCACAGCCCCGGGAAAUCAUCGAGAUUCAAAGACAGACCCUCCAAUGGGAAGGUCAAUGACGUUGUCAACGCAGCCCGGUUUCAUCAUCCUGCUCCCGCUGUUGUAUAA